AUGAUCUCCAGAAAUUUGUUGUUCCACUUCCAAUAUUGCAUGCUUUGUUUGCUUAGCUUUCAUACCAGACGCACUAGCCCCGUUAAUUUUCUUUCGUCUUACUGUGCAAAUACUACAUACGAACCUAACAGUAUUUCCGGCAGGAUUUACAGUAACAAUCUGUAUUCCGUGCUUGACGCUCUAUCUUCAAAUGCAUUUCGGACAGACACCGGUGGUUUCUACAAUAUCAGUACUGGCAAUGACCCUUCAAACACGGUCUAUGGCCUCUUUCUCUGUCGAGGCGAUGUCAGCACUGACGUUUGUGGACAAUGCGUAGCAAUAGCCGCCGUCAAAGUAAUUGAGGAGUGCCCGUAUCACGAGGAUGCUAUUGUUUGGUACGAGGAGUGCUUCUUACGCUUUUCUAACCAGGCAAUUUUCUCCAGGGUCGAUUCCUACGUUGUUCUUUCUAUGUACAAUGUGCAAAAUGUCACUGGACGGGACCAGGAGAAGUUCAAAACAACGUUGGAAAACCUGGUGAAUGACAUUGCGGUUCAGGCUGCAAAUAGAACUGGGGGCAAAAUGUUUGCUGUUCGAGAAGGCGAUUAUUCCAUGGAGUGGGAGGUAGAGUGA